CUCACCGACACGGACGUCCCCCUCGCCAAGAUGCCUUUCGUCAAGACCGUCAAGUCCAACGCCUACUUUUCCCGGUAUCAGGUGAAGUACCGCCGUCGCAGAGAGGGCAAGACCGACUAUUACGCCCGCAAGCGCCUCAUCGCCCAGGCCAAGAAUAAGUACAACGCCCCCAAGUACCGGCUCGUUGUCCGCUUCACGAACAAGAACAUCAUUGUUCAAAUCGCCUAUGCUCGUCUCCAAGGCGAUUUCAUCCUCUGCGCCGCUCAAUCACGGGAGCUCCCGAAGUUCGGGAUCGAGCACGGUUUGACGAACUGGACUGCUGCUUACGCUACCGGCCUGCUCUGCGCCCGUCGUGCUCUCACCAAGCUCGGCCUGGCAGACAAGUACGAGGGACAGGUCGAGCCUACGGGUGAACUCGCCCUGGUUGAGGGACUGGACGAUGAGGACGCACCCCGCCCGUUCAAGUGUUACCUUGAUGCUGGUCUCAAGAGGACAUCCACGGGUUCCCGCAUCUUUGGUGCGAUGAAGGGUGCUGCCGACGGUGGUCUCUUCAUCCCCCACUCCGAGAAGCGUUUCCCGGGGUACGAUGUAGAGAGCAAGAGCCUGGAUGCCGAGGUACUGAAGAAGUACAUCUUCGGUGGCCAUGUCGCCGAGUACAUGGAGUCCCUGGAGGAGGAAGAUGACGAGCGGUUCAAGAAGCAGUUCUCGAGCUACCUCGCGGAUGACAUCGGGUCUGACGACCUCGAGGAGAUCUACCAGAAUGCCUACUCUGCUAUUCGUGAGAACCCGACGUUCGAGCCGACAGAGAAGGAGACAGACUGGAAGGCCGAGUCACUCAAGUACAAGGUUCACCGUCUUACCCAGGAACAGCGUGCAGAGCGUGUCCAGGAGAAGAUCAAGAUGUUCCAGGCAGGCAGGGCGGCUGCAGGGGAGGCCGAGGAGGAAGACGACGAGUAGAUCCCUACUGCACUGGCUGGCGUUGGUGUGGUUUAGUACUGCAUUUGUAUGAGUUAUGCGUGCUAUGCUUUUUCCAAAAUCCAUCAGGUUAUAUCCUUGGAAUUCAUCGCGCCGAGAAAUGAUUGCUGCACUAGC